AUGGCCGCAGAACUAUGCGAUAUCACGUGCCGGUUCUGCUUAAAGCAAAGUGAUUCUGUACGAUGUUUCUUCGAGUUGUUCAAUACCGACGAAGAACACAGCCAGUUGCAAACGCUGUUGGGGACAGAGAUGCUACCAACCGAUGAGUACACCCAAGUUUGCUCCAAGUGCGAAACCAACAUCAGUCUUGUCUUUAGCAUUAUGAGCGAGAUCCGAAGGAUAAACCAAAUAUUUGAUUCGCUUUUGCGAAAACAACGAACAAUUGAUCGUGAAGUAAUGGACCACAAAAACCAGGCCGAGUUGUUACAGUCAACCGUUGUGGAUGAGACUGACCAAUUGAAGAUUGAACGGCUCGUAUCCGACGACGAAGAAUAUUUGUACGAAUUUGUGUCAAUAGGAAACGCUCAAAAAGACCUCCCAUCAUCAGCAUCAUUGUGCGGAUGCUUAUACUGUGAAAAGACAUUCCAGUCACAGACGGAACUGAAUGUACACCAGCUUGACUGUACCGGAUAUUGCUGUAAUGGUUGCAGUCAAACCUUUACCUUCUUCCACCAACUGCUGGAACAUAGCUCGUGCGAGGCAAGUGAUGAACAACGCUUGUGCCAGUUCAACCAUUUGACAAAUGCCGAUGAGCAUGUCGAACAAAACAAACCCUUGGAAUGUGUGGUUUGUGGCGUAAAAUUUACUGAAACUGAGGAUUUGUACAAGCACCUUAAAUUCCUUCACUCAGAGCAGGAAAUGAAAUUAUACCGAUGCGAUCUGUGUUCCAGCCAGUUUCACUCUCUAUCCUCUGUCCGUCAACAUCGAGCAUCACAUGUGACAAAACGUGCCGUCCAAACGAAUUUCAACAGCGCCUCCUCUAAAUGUCGGAAUGAAUGUUUAAUCUGUAGGGUCAGAUUCAAAUUCAAUCGCGAACUGCUUCAACAUCUUGAAAGUGUACAUGCGGACGUUUCCGUGAAGCUUUACCAAUGUUCCACGUGUGGCAAGAAGUUUACCACCGAAAAGAUACUGCAGAAACAUGAGUACAACAUGCACCAGGGGCGGCAACCGCAGUAUUUCUGCUCGUUCUGUGGCCGAUCGUUUAACAAACGGAUUGCGCUGCAAGAUCACGAAAACAUACACCGUGGUGGAAAGACGUAUCAUUGCGCCGUAUGCCGUCGUGAGUUUACGUACAAAAGCUCCUACGACCGGCACAUGCAGGUUGUGCAUAGUGACACGAAAAAAUUCACCUGCAGCUAUUGCCACAAGAGCUUCAAGCGGAAACCAACAUUAACGAUUCAUUUACGUCUACAUACCGGCGAGAAACCGUACCAGUGCAGCGUUUGUGGCCGUCAGUUCACGGACGCUAGCUCGUUUCACAAACAUAAACAGAGGGAGCAUGCAGGAGUAUGA